AGAAAAAUCCUCUUGUCUUUUCUUUUUUCCUGGCAAUGGCAGCAAUCACCAAAUCCAAAGGGCCUUGGGCUCGACUCCUUUGGAACAAAAAUCCCAUCUUUUUCUCGAGAAACCUCUCCUCUCUUCCCGUUUCCCGCUCACAAUUCCCCCAUUCUCGAAAACCCAUCUUGGAAUUCAUUCGAUCUCGACCGUCCGCUCGUUUUUUCUCGUCCCAGCAGGCAUUUUUCGCUGCUGACCAGACGGUCCGGGAGCUCCUUGCCGACGUUGAGAGGGAGAAGCAGAGGGAAAGAGAGGAGAAGAAGAAGGCAGGCGUGGUUGUCGCAGACGAUGAGGAUGAUGAGGAUUACAUGGGUGUGGGUCCGCUGAUAGAGAAGCUCGAGAAGAAGAAGGUCAAGGAUUCCGGGGGCUUCGAUGAGUUUGAGGAGCCCACAGAUUCUGAUAGCGAUGAGGAUGAUGAGAGGUUUUCACCAGAUGCCAUUGAGAAGCAGACCAAUGAGUUUGAGAAGAAGUUCAAGAAGCAUGAGGAUCUGCUCAAGAACUUUGUUGAGUCUGAAACUGUUGAUGAUGCAUACAAAUGGAUGAAGGAAAUUGACAGAUUUGAACAAAAACAUUUGCGACUCCGGUCGGAAUACAGGGUUAUUGGUGAGCUGCUGAACCGUCUGAAAGAAGCCACUGGCAAGGAUAGAUUCAUGCUUCUUCAGAAACUGAAUAGAGCUGUGAGGUUGGUUGAGUGGAAGGAGGCCUAUGAUCCUAAUAACCCUGCAAAUUACGGGGUUAUUCAGCAGGAAGAAGUUCCUUCCGUUGAUCUUCUUGAAGAUGCUGGAAUUGAAGAAGAAAGGCAUGCCAUUCCAGGGGUGGGUAUUGGGGAUGAUGGUGAUGAGGAUUUCAGUGACAUGAAAGAGAAGGAUGAUAUUUUGUUAGAGAAGAUCAAUGCGAUUGACAAGAAACUUGAGGAGAAGCUGGCAGAGUUAGAUUGUACUUUUGGAAAGAAAGGAAAGCUUCUAGAGGAGGAGAUCAGAGACCUUGCAGAGGAGAGACACGAGUUGACGGAGAAGAAAAGAAGACCUCUUUACAGGAAAGGCUUUGAUGUGAAACUAAUCAAUGUAAAUCGGACUUGCAAAGUUACAAAGGGAGGACAAGUGGUCAAGUACACUGCCAUGUUAGCUUGCGGCAACUAUCAUGGAGUUGUGGGCUUUGCAAAAGGAAAAGGUCCAGCAAUUCCCAUUGCCCUCCAGAAGGCAUACGAAAAAUGCUUCCAGAAUCUUCAUUAUGUGGAAAGAUAUGAAGAGCAUACGAUUGCUCAUGCAAUACAGACAAAAUACAAGCAAACCAAGGUAUACCUCUGGCCCGCUUCAACAAGAACAGGGAUGAAAGCGAGCAGAACGGUUGAAACCAUCCUGCAUUUGGCUGGUUUCAAAAAUGUCAAGUCAAAGGUCAUUGGUUCGAGGAAUCCUCAUAAUACUGUUAAGGCCCUUUUUAAAGCUCUAAAUGCUAUAGAAACUCCCAAGGAUGUUCAAGAGAAAUUUGGCCGAACUGUUGUCGAGUCAUACUUACUGUGAGCGGUAUUUCUUCUAUAACCUUAUCGAUUUUCGCUCUUGCCUUUUUCUCCUUUUUGUUGGUUGGAAGAUGGUCUGACGAACCGGAUGAUAUAAGGUGGGGGAGAAGGAAAAUAGUUCUUUUUUGACUCUUGGGUUUUGUCUUCCAUAUUCUGUGGCUCAUGCGACUGUAGCAAGUAGCACAAUAUGUUUUAAUAAGGCAAUUGGUCUAAGCAGCUGCUUUUGGCUGCGUUUUGGGUGUC